AUGUGCAAUUCCAAAGAACAAUUAAAAAAGCACGCCAGAAUCCACUAUGAAAAAAAGCGCAGUUGUCCUACAUGUCACAAACAAUUCAAGUUUUCCAACGAGUUAAAAAAGCAUAUCGAUGCCGUCCAUUUAAAUAAAAGAUACAAAUGCGAACUGUGCGACAAGAGUUUUAAAGUCAAAUACUACUUGAAGCACCACCUUGUCACUCACACUCAGGAAUACAAACUGUUUUGCGAUGUUUGCAAUAAAGGUUUUCUGUUUAAUCACGAACUUGUAUCGCAUAAAAACAAAGUACACGAAGGUCUUGCUUUUACCUGCGAACGAUGUGGAAAGACUUUUAAAGGCGAACAAUACAUGAGAGAACAUGUAAAAACGCACGAAGCUGAAUACCAAAAACCUACCUAUCAGUGCAGUGAGUGUGGCAAAAUAUUAAAUCACAUACAUUCCUAUAAGAGACAUUUAAAGAUGCACAAAGGCGAGUUAAAAAACAUAUGCGACAUUUGUGGACUUUCGGUUACCAGCGUAUCUAGUUUAAGAAAUCACAUGAGAACGCAUAGUGGAGAAAAACCGUACGCUUGUGAUUUUUGUGAAAAAUUAUUUACUACAUCAAAGUCGUUAUUAGUGCAUCGAAGGGUUCAUACGAAAGAAAAACCGUUUGUUUGUAGUAUUUGUAGUAGAGGGUUUUCCCAAAAAGGAUCUUUAAAUGUACACAUGCGAAGCCAUACUGGCGAAAAACCAUACAAAUGUACUGACUGUCAAAAAUCUUUUACCACCAAACCAUUGCUGAAUUCUCAUAAAUGCAAAAAAGUAAUUCCCAUAAAUGCAAAAAAAUAA